AUGAAUGAAAUUAUGAAAGUAGGUUUAUUUGCCGGCAAUGAAAUAAGGACAUUUAUUAUUACAACUCUGUGUCUUUUAAUGAUUCGUUCUAGCGUUAAUAUGAUUACCGUUCAUUUUAAAUGUCGUGGAGGUAUUUACCCUCGUUCUAAUGUUGAAAGAUUUCCUGUUCCUGAUGAUAAGGUUAGCUGGUCUUCAGAAUACAAGGAAUAUCUACCAAAUAAUCACACUGCAUCAUCUAUACGUGGACAGCCAUGGGCAGAUCCAAAUAUUGGAGAGCCAGGUUUUAAUCCACAAUGGAACGCAAUGGACGGUAAAGUGAAUAGAGCCAGCUAUAUGGGACAAUACAGUAUAAAGGGUGGAUAUCCUCUGAAUCCUAUUGGAAGGACAGGUAUUACAGGCCGAGGAGUUCUUGGAAGAUGGGGGCCUAACCAUGCAGCUGAUCCUGUAGUCACCCGAUGGAAGAGACUUGAAAAUGGCGAAAUUGAAAAAGAUAAACUAAAUAACAAACCUAUUCUACAAUGUGUUGUGAUAAAAAGACGUGACACUGGAGAGUGGGCUCUUCCAGGUGGUAUGGUAGACCCUGGUGAGAAACUGAGUGCUACUGCUGCAAGAGAAUUCCAAGAAGAAGCUAUGAACUCAUUGGUAAUGACUGAUGAUCAAAAAAUACCUUUGAUGGAAAAGUUCAAAAAAUUCUUCAGUGAAGGUGAUGAAAUAUACCAGGGAUAUAUUGAUGAUCACCGAAAUACUGACAAUGCAUGGAUGGAAAGUAUAGCUUACAAUUUCCACGACAAUACUGGAUCUACUGUUGGUGCGCUAAAGUUACAUGCAGGUGAUGAUGCUGUAGGAGUACAGUGGGUGGAUAUUAACCCAGACAUGAAGUUAUAUGCAAGUCAUAAAGAUGUAGUAAUGCUAGUCUAUCAAAAAUGCUUGGCUAACUUUUCUCAGGGAAGUGAUUAA